AUGGCUGGUCGAGAACGAGAUAUGUUUAGAAAGUAUGAAUCGGGUAGUGCUAAAAGACAGAAAAAACGAAAGAAUGAAGAGUUUAUUAAUAAACAACGCGGCUCCAUUAAUAGAUUUAUUUCAUUGAAAAGAGAUGAUUCAGAUGGAGAUAAGUCGCUUAAAAGUGAUAAUAAUGAUGAAGAAAAUAACUUAAAAAGUAAUAAAGAAGGCGAGUCAUCGAAAAAUGAAAAAGAUAAUUUAGAUGCAGAUGAAGAUAAGUUGUUUAAAAGUGAUGAUAAUACUGAAAAAAAUAACUUAAAAAGUGACGAAGAAGGUCAGUUGACUAUUUACAAUUUGGAUGAGUGGAAGGAUCCAGGAAAUUGGCCAAAUAAUAUAAGCCAAGAAGUUAAAUACAAAAUUGUUGAGUUAGGACCUACCCAUUUAAAGAUUUUCGACUUUCCAGCUACAAUUCAAAGCGAUGGAUCUCAGAGAAAAUUUUCUCCAAAAUUAUUUUACCGAAUAUUAGCAAAUAAUGAAAAAGUAGAUCGUGUUUGGCUUGUAUACUCUCCAAUCAAAGAUUGCGUAUUCUGUUUUUGCUGUAAAAUUUUUAUAAAUGAAAAAUGUCACAGUGAUUUGGCAACAGUAGGUAUAAGUGACUGGAGACAUGUGUCGGACAAGUUAAUAUCUCAUGAAAGAUCGCAACACCACGUUCAGUCUGUCAAGUCUUGGUUCGAAUUAAAAACUAGAAUAGAAAUGGAUGAAACAAUCGAUAAAAAACAUCAAGCGUUGUUCGAAAAAGAACAAAAUCAUUGGAGAAAUGUACUUAUUCGAAUUUUAUCAAUAAUUCAAUUUUUAGCUUCAAAUAAUGAUUCAUUUAGAGAAAUGUUGGCCAAGUUCGAUCCUGUUAUACUGGAACAUGUAAAUCGAAUUAAAAAUAAAGAAACCCAUGUUCAUUAUUUAGGGCAUGAGAUACAAGAUGAACUCAUAAAAAUGAUGGCAGCUGAAGUAAAGAAAAAAAUAAUCGAUUCAAUAAAGACAGCUAAAUAUUUUUCAAUCAUAAUGGAUACAACUCCAGAUAUUAGUCACAUCGAACAACUUACAAUUCUUAUUAGAAUUGUAAAUAUGGAUGAAAAAAAUACGAAAAGUGCUCCAGCGAUAAAAGAAUAUUUUUUAGAUUUCAUUAAUGUAAAAUCAACAACGGGAUUGCAUUUAUCAGAAAUACUUAUUUCACAACUAAAAAUAUAUAAUAUAGAUCUUAAAGACUGUCGAGGUCAAGCCUAUGACAACGGCUCUAACAUGGUCGGACAAUAUAAAGGAGUACAGUCUCGAAUUUCAAACAUAAAUUCUAGGGCUUUUUUUACACCAUGUACUGCUCACAGUCUUAAUCUAGUUCUCUGUGAUGCAGCGAAAAACUCACUAAGGGCCAUCACUUUUUUUGGUAUAUUACGUCGCGUAUAUACUUUAUUCUCAGCUUCUGUUAGUCGCUGGGAUAUAUUAAAAA